AUGGUUGUAGUGGCAGGAAAAAAGUAUAAAAUUGUUAAGAAGCGGACGAGGCGAUUCACACGCCAUGAGUCUGAUAGGUAUCACAGGUUGCGUCCAAACUGGAGGAAGCCGAGGGGUAUUGAUAACCGAGUUCGUAGGCGCUUCAAGGGUCAAAGGCGAAUGCCUAAAAUUGGUUAUGGUAAUGCCGCUGUCACCAAACACAUGCUUCCCAAUGGUCUGAGGAAGAUUGUAGUCCAUAAGCCUAAGGAUUUGGAGAUGCUUUUGAUGCAAAACAAACGUUUUAUUGCUGAAGUUGCUCACAGUGUUUCUUCAAAGAAACGGAAGGAUAUCGUAGAAAGGGCUCAACAAAUGAACAUUAAGUUGACCAACGGGAACGCUCGUGUUCGUUCUGAAGAAAAUGAGUGA